UGAAGAAAUCCAAAUAUGAAGGGGAAAGGACCGAAAAUUGUUGCCUCUGACCCUGAGCCUGAGUGAGUCCACGUAAGCAAACAAUAUAUACACACUGACACACACGAAUGAAUAGCGCCAUUCUAACCAACCAACGCCGUCACUUGCACUCUUUCAUCAGCUACCACACACUCACACUCACAGCCGCCGGCAAGAUUAUCGUAUCUCUGCGAUGAUCGCUGCCGGAAACCUAAGAUCUUAAUCUCCGACAUUGAUAGCUCCUCAUCUCCACUUCCAUUUUCUCAUUUCGUACGAGGUUAGGGUUUGUUUUGUAUGGCUUCAGAUUCGAAGAUGGUCAAUCUGGCCGAGGAAGCGAAAGCGAAGCUCGCUAGUGAAGGUGUCAAGGCUCCCAGCUAUGCUCUUAUGAGCAUCUGCAAAUCCCUCGUCGCCGGUGGAGUCGCCGGAGGAGUAUCACGAACGGCAGUUGCUCCACUGGAACGCAUGAAAAUUUUGCUACAGGUCCAGAAUCCUCACAACAUCAAAUACAAUGGAACAAUUCAAGGACUCAAAUAUAUAUGGAGGACUGAAGGUUUCCGUGGGCUGUUCAAAGGAAAUGGUACUAAUUGUGCUCGAAUCGUCCCUAAUUCUGCAGUGAAGUUCUUCAGUUAUGAGCAAGCUUCCAAAGGUAUACUACAUCUGUAUCGGCAGAAAACUGGAAAGGAGGAUGCUGAGCUUACUCCUCUUUUACGUCUUGGGGCUGGAGCAUGUGCUGGAAUAAUUGCCAUGUCUGCAACUUAUCCAAUGGACAUGGUCCGAGGCAGGAUAACUGUACAGACAGAGAAGUCCCCUUACCAAUACAGAGGAAUGUUCCAUGCUCUGUCAACUGUGCUUAGAGAAGAAGGUCCACGUGCUUUAUAUAAAGGCUGGCUUCCUUCAGUCAUUGGAGUUGUUCCUUAUGUGGGUCUUAACUUUGCUGUGUAUGAAUCUUUGAAAGAUUGGUUAAUAAAAUCAAAACCAUUUGGUUUAGCUCAAGAUUCUGAGUUGGGUGUGACAACUCGCCUGGCAUGUGGUGCUGCAGCUGGAACCAUUGGACAAACCGUUGCUUAUCCUCUUGAUGUUAUUCGUCGAAGAAUGCAGAUGGUGGGUUGGAAUCAUGCUGCUUCUGUUGUAGCUGGUGAUGGAAGAGGCAAGACACCACUUGAAUACACGGGCAUGGUUGAUGCAUUUAGGAAAACUGUUCGGUAUGAGGGAUUUGGCGCAUUAUACAAGGGUCUGGUGCCCAACUCUGUAAAGGUGGUCCCAUCCAUAGCACUGGCGUUUGUAACAUAUGAGAUGGUGAAGGACAUUUUAGGAGUGGAGAUCAGAAUAUCAGACUGAAGGUUAUAUCCACUUCAGUUCUGAUUGCCUGUUGUUAUUUUUUUCCCCUUGUAGGCAAGGGGGUGGAGAAAUGAUAAAUCUUGUUUUUUAUUUCUCCAAGAAUUAGUUAGGAAGCACUUGAGGUAGUGCCUACAAAUUAGUUCUCUUGUUUCCUGUUUGUAUUUCCUUGUGAACACACUGUAGCUUUCAGCUUCUUUUUUCCCCUAUCUUUUAUAGCAAUAAGUGUUAUGGAGAAACAAUGCAAGCAUAUCUGCUUGGCUUUCUUCACCAGUGAAGAAAUCAUUUUGAUUAUUGAAAAUAAUCACUGACUGAUUAUUGGAAUAUUCAUUGACUAA